CGCGGGGGGCAGCGGCCGUGGGGCGGGGGGGUCCCCACGGCGGGGAAGGGGCAUCGCCCGCGGCCGCGGCGUCUGGGCCGCUGGAUGGAAGCGAGCUGGGUGCCGGCUGCCAUGGCUCUGGGGCUCUCCUCCAAGAAAGCUUCCUCCAGGAACAUCGCCGUGGAGAGGAAAAACCUCAUCACCGUCUGCAGGUUCUCGGUGAAGACCCUCCUGGAGAAGUACACGGCGGAUCCCAUCGAUGACUCCUCUGAGGAGUUCGUCAACUUCGCCGCCAUCCUUGAGCAGAUCCUCAGCCACCGCUUCAAAGGCCCCGUCAGCUGGUUCAGCUCUGAUGGGCAGCGCGGGUUUUGGGAUUACAUCCGCCUGGCCUGCAGCAAGGUCCCCAACAACUGUGUCAGCAGCAUCGAGAACAUGGAGAACAUCAGCACCUCCAGGGCCAAGGGCCGGGCAUGGAUCCGCGUGGCGCUGAUGGAGAAGCGCAUGUCCGAGUACAUCUCCACGGCCCUGCGGGACACACGGACCACCAGGCGGUUUUACGACGACGGGGCCAUCAUGCUGCGGGAGGAGUCCACGGUGCUCACGGGGAUGCUCAUCGGGCUCAGCGCCAUCGACUUCAGCUUCUGCCUGAAGGGAGAGGUGAUGGACGGUAAAACGCCCGUGGUCAUCGACUACACGCCCUACCUGAAGUUCACACAGAGCUACGACUACCUGAGCGAGGAGGAGGAGCGGGGCAGUGUGGAGAGCAGCACGAGCGAGGACAGCUCGCCUGAACACCCCUACCUGCCCCUGGUCACCGACGAGGACAGUUGGUACAACAAGUGGCGCAAGAUGGAGCAGAAAUUCCGCAUCGUUUAUGCCCAAAAGGGGUACCUGGAGGAGCUGGUGCGGCUGCGGGAGUCGCAGCUGAAGGACCUGGAGGCGGAGAACAAGCGGCUGAAGCUGCGGCUGGAGGAGGUGAUGGUGCAGAACCAGCUGGAGAAGAGGGAGCUGGAGGGCGUCAUCCUGGAGCUGCAGGAGCAGCUGACGGGGCUGAUCCCCUGCGAGAACCCGCAGCUGGCCCAGCUCUCCAAGGAGAUGGUGACACCCCUGGUCAACCAGUGGCCCUCGCUGGGGACCCUCAACGGCAACGAGAGCGGCUCGGACAGCAAACUCUACAGGAGGCACAGCUUCGUGAGCACCGACCAGCUCUCGGCCGAGAACAGCCUCAGCUCCGACUCCCAGCGCCUGGGAGAGGGCAAGCGCGAGGGCGAGCCCUGGGGGCCCUUGGGGAAGGACCCCACGCCCUCCAUGCUGGGGCUCUGCGGCUCCCUGGCCUCCCUGCCCAGCUGCAAGUCCCUGGCCAGCCUCAAGUCCAACGAGUGCCUGGUGAGCGACAGCACGGAAGCCAGCCCGACCCGCAGCCCCAGCUGAGGCCCCCGGCCCCCUCACCGCCCCCCGGCCCGGCCGCCAGGCCCAGCGUCGCGGCACAGGACUGAGCUCGGCCCCCCUCGCCGCCCCGGGACCGACGAGGGACUCGCCAAACCCACCGGGGAGGCUGGGGACGGGCAUCCCCCUCCCCAUCUCGACAUCCCACCCCCCGGCCGUGCCUCGGACCCCCAGCCUGGACCCUGGCUGGAGACAUGGACCCGUUGGGAUGGGGGAUGCAGGACUGGGACCCAGGCGAGCUGGGGAGGGGGGGGAUGAACUGUGCCAUGGGGGGGACACUGGGAGCUACAGCUACUGGGGAGCAAGGGGGGGGUCAGGGCCAGGCCCUCUGCAGGGGUGAGGGUCUGGGCACAGCCCCGCUGUCCAUCCUGCUCAGCCCUCAGUGCCCACCUGGCCUUCCCCAGCCCCUCUGCUUUGGGGGCUGCCUGUCCCCCACUUCGGGAGCCAGCUGUCCCUCCUUGCAGCAGCAUCCCCACGAUAGGGGUAGGACUCCCCUUUCCCCUCCCCUCCCCAUCCUCUCCUGGGUUUUGGGUUGUUUUGGGUGAUUUUGGUUUUUAUUUCGGCCCCAUCUGCCUGGUUGGAGCAAAAGGAAAUCAAUAAAUGCAGCAAGCAGA